UGUCUUUUUUUAACCUCACUUUUGCGUGGGUGUUGCAAAAUUUUGUUCUUAAAUGCAAUUUUCGGACUCGAAUAGUCUGUAAUGUCUCGUACAAGCGAUAUUUUGGGAAUAAUUCGCGGUUUACAGCUGGUGGCUGAGACAGGGAUUAAAUUACAAUCGACAGAACUGAGCCGCGUUUGGGCGAACUCGAACUGUCGCGUUUUGCUUCAAGAUUGUGUCAACUCGAACAAUGCCUCAAACAUUGUGUUCGAGAGUGCAGACCGCGUUGCCACAGUCUGCCAUGGUGUCAAAGAGUAUGCGGCAAACGCAUCUGCUAAAGAGAGGUAUAAGCAAAAUUUAAGUGAUGGGAGACCUGUGAAGGAAAGGGAACCCAGUGGGCGGCAAUUCGGCAUUAAAUUAACCCAAAGUGACCAGGAAUUGCUGCGGAAAUUAGACAUGGAACACCAGGAAAAACUAAAAAAGGUGGAGCGUGAGGAAAGACGGAAAAAGGCGGACGCAGCCAAAGAAAAAGAACGCCUUGACGAAGCGCAAAGCAGUGGGAGUCAAGUGACAGCUGCUAAAGGAAAACUGAAGCUGAGCGAGCACUCGAAACAACGCAAAGUCCCGUCCUCGCGCAUCGGACGCAUGAUUUCUUUUGGGGGCUUAGCGGCCGGACUGGGCUUCGGCACGGCCACGGAGUACGCAAAGAGGGCUUUCGGGUCGCGCGAAGCCGCCACCGCCGACGCCUCCACGCUCUUCCUCAACCCCAGGAACUUGGACUUAAUUGUAGACACAUUGUGUAAAGUCAGAGGCGCCGCGCUAAAACUGGGACAACUUCUGAGUAUCCAAGAUGACAACAUCAUUAACCCCAACCUCGCCAAGGCCUUGGAGAGAGUGCGCAAAUCCGCGGAUUUCAUGCCGAAUUGGCAGGUGGAGCAAGUCAUGGGGACGGAAUUGGGCGAAAAUUGGCGCGAUCAUUUUAUCGAGUUUGAGGAGAAACCGUUCGCCGCUGCGUCCAUAGGUCAGGUGCAUUGUGGUCGAAUCCAGGACGGGAGAGAGGUUGCGAUAAAAAUCCAAUACCCGGGGGUGGCGAGAGGGAUCGAGAGUGAUAUUGAUAAUUUAGGGGGGAUAAUGAAGUACUUUGAUGUGUUUCCGAAGGGGAUGUUCCUGGAUAAUUUGAUGAAAGUGGCGAAGAGGGAGUUGGCGUGGGAGGUCGACUACAAGCGAGAGGCGGACUGUACGAGGAAAUUCCGGGAGCUUUUGGCGCCUUAUAGUGAUUACUACGUACCUGACGUUAUAGAUCAUAUAUCCACGACACAGGUGUUCACGACCGAAUUGCUUGACGGGAUUCCCGUAGACCAGUGUUUCGAUAUGCCCGCAGAGGACCGUCGCUUCAUCGCUGAAAAAAUCAUAGAACUUUGCCUUUUAGAGCUUCUGGAGUUUAAAUAUAUGCAAACCGACCCCAACUGGGCUAACUUCUUAUAUAACCCCAAAAAGAAACAAAUCAUGCUUCUGGAUUUCGGCGCUAGUCGCGAGUAUUCGAAGGAGUUCAUGGAUAAGUACGUACGGAUUUUGAAAGCGGCUUGCGACGCCGAUAAGGAGACGGUCUUGACGGUGUCCAGAGAAAUCGGGUUCCUUACGGGCUUCGAAAGCAAGUUGAUGGAGGACGCACACGUAGACGCAGUAAUGAUUCUAGGCGAAGUUUUCCGAAGUCAUGAGCCCUAUAACUUCUCCGGACAAGACAUGACUGCCAGAAUUCAAAACCUAGUUCCCACGAUGGUCACGCACAGACUCUGUCCGCCCCCUGAAGAAGUCUAUUCUCUACACAGAAAACUCUCAGGAAUCUUCCUACUGUGUUCAAAGCUUAAAACAUCUGUAUCUUGCAGAGAUAAAUUCCUGACACUAUAUAGCAAAUACACUAAAUCGUUAUAACGUACUAAUUUUGUAACACCAAGUAGCUUUUUGUAACGAAAAAGGUUUCCAAUAAAUGUUACUGUUGUUGUUUUUGGGUUAAUAAAAUUUGCGAUAAGUUA